CGGACGCUAAUAAGACCCAAUGGCUGGUGCAAGGUGGCCAGGAGCUCUGAGACGCGACACAAGACGGUGGACGAAGGAGAGAAGGAGAAGCAGGAGGAAAGAAAAAACUUAGCAGAGACUUUUCUGGAUGGAAAGAAAGGGUGAGAGCGCCACGGGAGUGUAUAUAGGAACUGCAGGGAGCCGUGCGUGGGGCUUUUAGCGUGCGUCAGUUCGUGUGUCACGUCAAAGGAUCUGCGUGGAGCGAGAAGCGGUGACUGACCAGAAACACCCGAAAAACACCUGCGGCGAGCCAGGUACCUGCUAAGGACGUAUGGGGAUGUUUGUGGCUGAGCAGCUGAUAGUAAUCGUUAUUUUUUGGACAGAAACCUGAAAGAUCUAAUGUGUCUUCUUAUGUUUUUAACAACUGGGGCCAAAGUUCAUAAACUCUACAUUUCGGCCAAUCAAGACUUUUCCUGUGAGCUAUGACUUUUGGUCAUGAAAACUGUACAAAACUAAAGAAAGUCAGAACAAAUACAGUUUUUGACUCUUAUAAAACUCUUUCUUUCCAAGAGUGAAUACAGUAAAUAUAAAUUCCUGUUCUUGAAGUGUUGUCAUAUCAUCAUCAGCUCUAGUACCACAUGAUUUGGAAUGGACCAAGAUUUGACCAUCAUUCACAUCACACACCUGGACCCGGGGUAUCACUGUGAGCCGCUGACUCCUGAGAGCCCCAACCGUCCCCAAUGAAGCAGUCCUGGUGGGCCCGCCUGGCACAGCUCGGCCUGUUCGCUGUGUGGACCUGCAUAUGGUUGGUCCAGGGAUGCGGACCAGGCCCUGGGUAUGGCGUCCGCUCAAGGCCCAGGAAACUCACUGCCAUGCACUACAAGCAGUUUUUCCCCAACUUCUCAGAAAACAACCUUGGUGCAAGCGGGAGAGCAGAGGGCAAGAUCACACGCAACACUGAGCACUUCAAUGAACUUGUGUGCAACUACAACCCAGACAUCGUCUUCAAGGAUGAGGAGAAUACCAACGCAGACCGCUUCAUGACAAAGCGCUGUAAGGACUGUUUGAACAGGUUGGCAAUUGCAGUGAUGAACCAGUGGCCAGGGGUACACUUACGUGUGACGGAGGCCUGGGAUGAGGACGGACACCACCCUGCCAGCUCUCUUCACUAUGAAGGCCGGGCCGUAGAUAUAACCACUGAUGACAGAGACACAGACAAGUACGGUCUUCUUGCCCAGCUGGCUGUGGAGGCCGGCUUUGACUGGGUUCACUACGAGUCCAAAUAUCACAUCCAUUGCUCUGUAAAAGCUGAUCACUCUGUUGCUGUGGAAAAAGGUGGCUGUUUCCCAGGCUGGGCCCGGGUCACUGUUGCUGGAGGGAUGCAGAAGAGCCUGUCGUCCUUGGCUCCUGGGGACAGAGUCAUGGCCCUGUCCGCGACAGGCCAAGUAGUGUUGAGCCAGGUCCUCAUGUUUCUGCACCAGGAUCAAGAAAGCUGGUCUACUUUUCUGUCUCUGGAGACAGAAGAUGGCCAUAGAUUGGCCCUCACUCCACAUCACUUACUCUUUUUAGCCCCCCUUUGCAGACUCCACAGCAGUGAGUAUCAGGCUCAGUUUGCUAGCAGAGUCAAAACAGGAGAUUGUGUUCUCAUCCAUACAGCUCAGGGUCAAGUACGUCCAUCACGAAUCAUCUCAGUUUCAGUAGAGGAGAGUUUGGGUGUGUAUGCGCCUUUGACAGAAGCUGGAACUGUGUUUGUUGAUGGGGUGCUGGCAUCCAGCUAUGCUCUAGUGGAGGACCAAAGACUUGCACACUGGGCAUUUGGACCAGUGCGACUCCUUGCCUCAUUCAACCAGCUACUUUGGGGGGAGACAAGAAAAGACCACCAGACCACAGACAGUGAGACAGCUUGCACUGAGACUCCAUUUCAUUGUAGCACUUUGGCCACAGAGUACAAAGCAUGUGUGUAUGUGAAUAAUGGCACCGAGAUGGAAAUGAAAGACAAGCAGACAUCAAAUAUGCACUGGUAUGCUAGAUUACUGUACAGCUUUGGAUGUAUCUUUUUAGACUCAAACUCAUUUCAUCCUUAAAAACAUAAAACUAUACUCAGUAAACAUUGCACUGUUCAAUGUUAAAGCUUUAAAGCAUUCUCCCUAACACUUCCUGUUAUUUUCUUCAAUAAAUGAAAGCACUGGAAUGUCUUGCUUGCUUUUUUUUUUUUACCCAUGGUUGCAUUUUAAACUAUUAUAAUGAUAUACAUGAUACUACUUAAGUGAUAUUUUGUAAGAGAUGACAAUCUGAGAAGGUUACUGUAAAAAAUGAUAUUGAAAAUAACUGUAUAAUGGUCUAUUUGUACAUCAUGUUAUUUCUGUUAAUUAUUAUUGUUAUAUGUGUAAAACAUAUAUCUUAUUCUAAUGUGAUAGGAAUUCAUUUUUCCCACAACAAUAGAAACUUUAUUUUUGUACUUUCUGAAUCAUAAUAUAUAAUGUUUAAUUUUAUUAUAAUAAUUACACUCCAUGUAUUGUACGUCACAUGUCAUGCCAUAAAAUCAGAUUAAAAUGUCAUUUUAUUAAGCAACACCCUGCUUUUCUUCAGCUUUAGUGUACAUUGUGUCUGUUAAGCUGAUUUGUCAUUUGCUUGUUUAGCAGAACUGAGUGUGAAAAACCUGAGACUCAUGCAAAAAUAUUGUCAUCGGUCUUGGUUGAGUAUUACGUAUAUACUGUAUGUCUCAGUUUUUAAUAGCUCUACGGGAAUCAAGUCCAGCAGGCGUGCAGGUUAAUGAAAAGCCCGGACUUACUUAAUAUUCCCCAUACUGUGCCACCACCUUGACUUUAUCACUGACUUUAUCACAUAGCUACUUCAAGGGAGUGUUUGCUUUUCCUACAAUCUUGACCGAGACAGUUUUUUAGUAAUCACUGAUCAAAUUGGGUCACAAGUAUAUCUGUUGAUGGGAUUGUGUAGUUCAUUGUUGACGGAAUUUCCUUUGUAAACUUUUGCAAACAGAUGUGCCAUUUUCAAGUUGCCAUUAUUGGAUUUAGUUUACUUUUAAAAGGUUUAUUCUUAUGUGCAAGGCCAUAUUCAGGACUGUAGUACAGUAAAGGGUUAUACACCCCCUUGUGGAGAAAGCUGAUAUCAGGUUUGCACAUUUAAUUUACAAUAAAUGCACUUGUACAUACAAUAACAACUCUAGAUAAUAAAUCAUAGCUCAAAAAACGUUGAUUUGAAUUGUAUGUUGU